AUGGAUACAAUCAAUAAAGAAACGAAUGAAAAUUGCAGCACUGAAGGAAUGAAUAAGACGAAUUCUCCCGAAAAAUUCUACGCCGGUAGUGGGAUCCUUGCGACUGGAGCAACCGGAUUCCUGGGAGUAGGUGUAAUGGAAGAACUGAUCCGCCUGUGUCCACGCGUCGCUGCCAUUUCCAUACUAAUUCGCCCAAGAACUAACGAAACGAUGGAACAAAGAUUUAAGAAGAUUAUAGAUGAUCCCAUUUACGAUGACAUCAAAGCAAAACUCCCCUCGGUUUUGAGCAAAGUUUAUCCCGUGAAAGGUGACGUGAGUCUGCCGGAUUUAGGUCUUUCGCGAGAAGAUAGAAAUCUGUUGUUGGAGAAAGUAAACAUAGUGUUUCACGUCGCGACCACUGUGAGAUUCGACGAGCCGUUACACGUGGCUGUUAAUGUGAAUACGAAGGAUACUGCUCGUGUGAUCGAACUUUGGAACGAUCUAAGGCACCGAAUUAGCUUCGUCCACGUUGACACAGCUUAUAGUAAUGCGAAUCUACAUGAGAUCGGGGAAAAAGUUUAUACUACGAGCUUGAAACCUUCAGAGGUGAUCGAUAUGUGUGACAAAUUGGACAAAACGUCCAUCAACGAAAUAGAGAAAAUGAUUUUAAAAACUUAUCCAAAUACAUACACAUUCAGUAAGAAUUUAGCAGAGCAGAUUGUAGCAAGCAAGAGUAAACACCUGGCAGUUGCGAUAGUACGGCCAAGCAUAAUUGAUGCUUCUCUGGAAGAACCACGUCCUGGUUGGGCAGAGAAUAUAUCUGGAUUUACAGGUAUCUUUUUGCUAAUCAGCAAAGGGUGUGCAACAGCGGCACUAGGUAGGAGAGAUGCCAAAUUGGAUGUAGUGCCUGUCGAUUUCGUAGUCGACACGAUAAUAUGUACUGCAUGGCAUGUCACGCUGCAUCGUGAUCAUGAAGUUAAAGUUUACAACUGCACGAGCAACGCAUGCCCUUUUAAAUGGGGUGAGAUGAAAGACACCAUGGUGAAAUGUAGCAUAGAAACCCCACUGCAAGAUACGCUGUGGUACCCGGGUUGUCCAAUGAUAGCUAAUAGAUAUAUUUACAACGUUCUGAGUGUAAUUCCUUAUGUUCUGCCUGCGUUCGCCAUAGAUAUCUUUUUAAGACUCCGAGGUAGUAAACCAAUAAUGAUGAAACUUCUCCAAACUGGCAAUAAGCUGUUUACAGUGACAGCAUAUUUCGCUCUGCACGAAUGGACUUUCCAAAGGGAUAACUGUUCCGAUUUGGUGAGAAAAGUGAAAAUGUUGAAGGACAGCGAUAUGGUCAGACUAGAUUUACGGGAUAUGGAUUGGGAGAAGUACGUUGCAAUUUACCUGAUGGGAAUUAGGAAAUUUAUUCUGAGGGAAGACUUUAAUUCAACAGCCCAACAACGGUUACUUAAAAGGUUGUACUGGAUACAUCAGAUCACCAAAAUAUCGGGUAUAAUAACUUUGUUAUGGAUAAUAUUAUGUUUUGUAUACUGAUUAUUUGAACGUUAC